AUGAAGUUUGAAAAAGGUAAAGUGAGAAUUUUGCCUAAACCAUCCCCUACACCAACCAACCCACAAACCCCAUUGCCAUUACUUCCAGCUCAAACUAAACCUGUAAACUCAAAAAGAAAAUCAGCAGCCAGUACACCUGGAAAUGAAUCAAAGAAAUCAAGAAAAUCAAAUUCUACAGCUUCAACACCCAACAGUGCUACACCAACAUCAGUCGGAACACCUCCACAGAAAACUUCCAAACCAACAGGUCAUAGGCCAGUGACUUCAUGUACUUUUUGUCGUCAACAUAAAAUCAAAUGUAAUGCUUCAGAUAAUUAUCCAAACCCAUGUGAAAGAUGUAAAAAAAUGGGUUUGAAAUGUGAAAUUGACCCCGAAUUUAGACCUCGCAAAGGGUCACAAAUCCAAUCAUUGAAACUGGAUGUUGAUGAAUUGAAGGCCAAGAUUGAAAUGUUGACUAAAAAUGAAUCUUUGCUCACACAAGCUUUGAAUCAACACAAUUUGAACCACGCUUCGCAACAGCAACAACUGUCUGGAUCGCAAUCUCAACAACAACAUCCUCCAAAUCCACAACGUGCAUUGUCAUAUACGUCUGCAAACUCAUCACCACAAGUUGCAUUUAGCAAUGCAUCGCCAAUUCCUUCUGUGACAAGUAUUCAACAAAAUGCACCGUUGACUCACGAAAAUUCCGACAAUUCUCCAUACGCUUUAAAUACACCAGAAAACAUUGAAGAAUUACAACCAAUCUCAGAAUUUAUUUUGGGUGACGUUACUUUGCCAUUAAACAGGGCCAAUGAGUUACACGACAAGUUUAUGACCACACAUUUACCAUUUUUGCCAAUAAUAAUAUCUCGAUCUGCCACCGAAUUGUAUCAUAAAUCUCAAUUGCUUUUCUGGGCCGUGAUUCUUACCGCAAGCUUAUCAGAACCAGAACCCAAACUUUAUAUGUCGUUGGCAUCCUUAAUUAAACAAUUAGCAAUUGAAACAUGUUGGAUUAAAACACCAAGAUCAACUCAUGUUAUCCAAGCCUUGAUCAUACUUUCAAUAUGGCCGUUACCUAAUGAAAAAGUUUUGGAUGAUUGCUCUUAUAGAUUUGUUGGAUUGGCAAAGAACUUGUCAUUACAAUUAGGUCUACAUCGUGGUGGAGAAUUCAUUCAAGAAUUUAGUCGGAAUCAAGUAAGUCUAGGACCUGAUGCAGAAAGGUGGAGGACUCGUUCAUGGUUAGCAGUUUUCUUUUGUGAACAGUUUUGGUCAUCAUUGUUGGGGUUGCCACCUUCAAUAAACACUACUGAUUAUUUAUUAGAGAAUGCUCGUGUUGAUAAAUCGUUGCCUAAAAAUUUCCGUUGUUUGAUUUCGCUAUCUAUUUUCCAAUGCAAAUUAGUUAAUAUUAUGGGUAUUAGCGUUACUAGACCAGACGGUUUAUUGGAGCCUCUGAAUCGUGCUGGUUCACUUAGUUUAUUGGAUAGAGAAUUGGAAAGAUUAAGAUUUAAACUUCAAUUUGAAGAAGGGGGGCCAAUUGAAGUAUAUUAUUUGUAUAUUAAAUUGAUGAUCUGCUGCUUUGCCUUUUUACCAGGUACACCUAUCGAGGAUCAAGUCAAGUAUGUCAGUUUUGCAUAUUUAUCAGCAACAAGAAUUGUGACAAUCGUUUCUAAAAUGGUGAAUGACAUUUCAUUGAUUGAAUUGCCAAUAUAUAUCAGACAAGCAGUGACAUAUAGUGUUUUCAUGUUGUUCAAAUUACAUUUGUCAAGAUAUUUGAUUGACAAGUAUGUGGAUAGUGCUAGACAGCUGAUUGUUACUGUGCAUCGUUUAUUUAGAAACACGUUGAGUUCCUGGAAAGAUUUGCAAAACGAUAUUUCUCGAACAGCCAAAGUUCUAGAAAAUUUGAACAUGGUGUUGUAUAAUUAUCCUGAAAUAUUUCUAAAUGAUCUGGAAAAUGAGGAUUCAAGUAUUAUCACCAGAAUGAGGUCACAUUUGACAGCAUCUUUAUUCUAUGAUUUGGUUUGGUGUGUACAUGAGGCAAGAAGACGAUCAGUACUUGAUAAGGGGAAAAGACAGGCUCAGCCUAACAAGAAAAUCUUGCCCUUGCCAUUUUACAACCAAAUCACUAAGGAUGAUUUCAAGACAAUUACCACGACAUCACCUAAUGGAACUACUAUUACUACAUUAGUUCCAACUGAUCAAGCUAUGAAUCAAGCAAAACUGAAAUCUUUUGAUUCUAGCAAACCACUUGAAAUAAAUGGUAUUCCCUUACCUAUGCUUGAAGCUACUGGUUCAACAAGAGAAGUUUUAGAUUCUUUACCCUCGCAAUCUUUACCCUCACAAGCACCAACUCUUCAGCAGUAUCCAAUGCAGCAAGAUCAACAACAGCAAGAACCAUCACAACAACAACAACAAAAGCACCUGCAGCAACUGCAGCAAUACCAACAACAGCAGCAAUCGAAUCAACAGCAACCACAUCUUCAACAUCAAAGACAGUUUCAACAAUCACCACCACCGCAAUUUUCAAUGAUUUCUUCAACGCCGCCCCUUCAGCAACCACCUUUUAUUUUGGCAAACUCACCGUUACCACAAACUUAUUUGCCAAAGAUUGAUGAAAUGAAUAUGUCACCAGAAGUAAAACAAGAAAACUCUGUUGCUCCAUUUGCAUCUCAAAUCACCAACUUUUUUGAUCAACAAACAAGUGGAUGGUUUAAUAAUGAUAACCAAGAUGACGACUUUUUGGGUUGGUUUGAUGUUAAUAUGAUGCAAGAGAAAUAA